GUCGCCACUGCGCAUGUGUAACCUGGAGCUACUUGUAUAUAUGGGCGUGUGCCCUACGUUACUGUGUUCUUUUGUGUUGUUUUGUGGCUGCCCGUUGGCAUGCCUGAAUAAAGGUUUCAAAAAGCAUGCCCCGGCUCUGAAGUUACAACAUGACUGGCGACGAGGAUGGGAUCCAGGCAGCCGAAAAAACAGCAGCGGUUCAGGGUGCCAUACUCGGAAAGCUUCCAGAGUUUGAUCCGGACGGUGACAACUGCGAUGUUUUCUUCGAGCGGUUCGAGUGUUUUGUCGCUGCUAACGACAUCGCAGAGGAUAAGAAGUUGCAAGUGCUACUGACGUCCAUCGGGGAGAAGGCAUACGUCACGCUCAGGAGCCUUCUUCUGCCGAAAACGCCUACCAAGGAGACGUAUGACGUGGUCAUCGCAACGCUGAAAAAGCACUACACCCCGAAGUGCUCCGUGGUUACGGAAAGAUACCGUUUUAACCAACGCAAGCAAGAACCGCACGAAAGCAUAGGGGACUUCAUAGUAGGACUCAAGCAACUGGCUGCAACGUCAUACGCUGCAGGCUUCUGGCGACACCUGAUGCAGAAUUAACCUGGGACCGCACCUGCAGUAUUGCAGCAGCCAUGGAAUCGGCUACUAGAGGCACUCGGGAAAUGGUGGCGACCCUCUCAACGGAGACCCCAGUCGACAGCGACGUUAACUGGCACAAGGAAACAGCAGCGGGGCAGCGGCAAGCACCCGGUGGGGACUACGCCCGGAGUGCCACGCCGAACACGGCAAAAUCGGCUUCACCAGCGGGCCCACAAGAGACUAAGGGGUGUCAUCGUUGCGGUGGGCGGCACUCUCCUGUAAGUUGUCCGUUCAUGAACAGCCGAUGUUUUAAAUGUAACAAGAAAGGUCAUGUAGCCAACAUGUGUAAAACUAGGACGCAUAUUCAUUGCCUGGAGAAUGAUGCAACGCGCGAUGAGCUGUUGACACUGUGUCACACAGACCGUAGGGCGGGCACGCCUGCCAUUGUAGUGCCGUUGCUGAUAAACGGAAGAGAGAUUUCGAUGGAGCUCGAUACAGGAGCAGCCGUAUCUGUAAUGUGUGAAACAGAAUGUUUAAGGCAUUUUCCCGAUGCAAGUCUCAGGGAAACAGAUGUUAGGCUGGUCACCUACAAUGGCACGCCUGUCACGGUCAAAGGUAUUAUGGAUGUUGAUGUAAAGUACCAGAGCCAACACGUUCGCUUGCCACUAGUGAUUGCUAAGGAUAGCACAGGGGCUAGAAUGCCAACAUUAUU